AAUUACGCUUGUAACCCCAUCUUCUUCUUCCUCUGAUUUUGUUGUGCCCAAGGACCAUGUCGAUCUUCUUCCUCUGAUUCUUGUAAUCCCUUAUUCUUCUUUUCCAAUCUUCUAAAACAAAUUAGCUUAAGAGAAUCUUGAACCUAAACAAAACAAGCUGAACUCACCAGACUGAAAAAACCUUCUCUUCACACUCACUGUUAUCAGACUUGUCACUAGCGCUAGAUCCCGUUCCAUCCAACUUAUCCCCAAACCCCUCCAAUAAAUGGUCAUUGCCUCCACUUCUCAUCAAAAACCAAAAAGGCCCGAAUCCAACUCUUUGCAAAAUGGCCACCCUCUUUGUCUUGGUGCUCUCUUUCAACCUCUCCUCCACUUCCCAUCAAAAACUCGAAAGGCCCGAAUCCAACUCCUCCUAAAUUCGCCUCAAUUCUUUCUCUAUUUCGGCUUUGGCUUCGCCUUCCACAGUUGUCCUCUAAUUCAAUGAAACAGAUGAAACAACACCUCAAUCGUCAGUCCCUCAAUCUUAUCCAGCUAUCUAUCUCGUCUCCCUCAGUCCUUCCCAUCACCACCUUCCCUGUCCUUCGGCUUGGUCUUCGGCCUGGUAGCCACCGCCGCAUCACCGUUGAAGGCUGGGCCUGGUAGCUCAUAUAGAUGUAGAAGAAGCUCAUAAUUGUGGAAGUUGUUUUGUUGGAGGGAUCCCUUUGUGGAUUUUGGUCCGGAGUAGUAUUGGACAUUUCCGAUACAAAUUCAUGAAAUAGGAAAGUCAGAAAGUUGGGUUAGUUUGCCGAGGGGCUGAGCUCAAGUAUGAAGUUUGGAGGGGAUUUUUCAGUUCCGGUGGAUGAGGAUUUUCGGUCCAUGCCUCCUUGGGUACCGGUAACGCCCCAGAAGCCUCUUCCAUUGAAACCUCACCCUAUGCUGCUUAACCCCCACGGGAAUCACCUACCAGCAGCAAAUUGGCAACACGAAUUGGGGAAUGUACAGUUGGGUGAUACUUACAAUGGCAUGAGCCAAGCUAUCAACCCAAUUGUCCAGUUUCCUAGAAAUGUUGGGUGUUAUGGUGUUGAUGGAGGUCUGGCUCCGCAGAAUGGAAUGACAAAUCACAUUCCAGGUUCAUACUCACAGUUGCUUGGCAGUGACAGCUCAAGUUGGAACAAUGAAUCCUUCACACAACUACUACUUCAGGAUAAUGCAGCUGCAGUUUACGUUGCCUCUGCAGACAGGAAUCUUAGCAGAAAUGUUGACAUGGCAGCAAAUGCACCUCUAACUCCUAAGUUGCAUCCUCAAGUGGCCAACCAAAGAAACAAUUCAAGUAGUUUCUUGCUGACCAACCGAAAUUGCAACAAUGGUUCAUACCCUUCGAGUGCGGUGAUGAGCAGGCGCGCGGUUGUGGAUUUCCCUUCUCUGUUUGAUAACAGUCAGGGGCAUUCCAAUGUAGCUAAUUGGUUGCUUAACAAUGAAAAUCACAGCUCAAGUUCAAACCUGUUGAGUAAUGGUCACAGCUCACCCCAUAUAAGCCAGAAUGUUUUCCCCAUGCCCUUGCGACCGAGCUAUGAUCUAAACUUAAACUCCUCACCGAGAACAGAAGCCGAUACUACAUUUGUUCCCAGCCAACUCCAAUUCACACCAUAUAGGGCCAAUCGCAUGGAGAACAACCAUCUUUCGGCAAUACAAACAUCCUUGACAGGUGAAAGCUCUAGCAAGGAAAACUACAAGCAGGUGGACUUUUUCACGUCUACAGGAGAUGUAGCAAUUCAGAAACAUGGUGGAGAACUCUUGCAGAAUAUCGUGGAGUCAGCUUCUGCAACCAUUUCUACACCAUACAAGGAAAAUAAAGAUUCUGACCAUGAAAGUGACAGAGGUAUUGAUCUAAACCAGACAGCCCAGCACAAAAGCUCUAGCAAGGAAAACGACAAGCAGGUGGACUUUUUCACGUCUACAGGAGAUGUAGCAAUUCAGAAACAUGGUGGAGAACUCUUGCAGAAUAUCGUGGAGUCAGCUUCUGCAACCAUUUCUACACCAUACAAGGAAAAUAAAGGUUCUGACCAUGAAAGUGACAGAGGUAUUGAUCUAAACCAGACAGCCCAGCACAAAACACCCAAGAGAAGGAAGCACAGGCCAAAAGUAAUCAUAGAAGGCAAACCCAAAAGGACUCCAAAGUCUGCAACUGCAAAGAAUGCAGAGCCUAAGGAGUCCCGAACAGGAAAGAGGAAAUACGUUAGAAAGAAUAUCCAAAAGGAAUCCUCAAGUCAACUGGUAGAUGGUACAAGCGAAGCAACAUACCAUAAUGCUGGAAUAGUUGCAAAAUCAUGCAGGAGGGUUCUAGACUUUGAUUUGGAAAUGACCACAGUUGAAAAGCAGGGCAAAACUGCUAGAAAUAAUCAGUCUAAAAUGAAGUCUGCUAAGCUGAUUGACCUAGAAAAUGAAGUGAUGGUAGAAAACCAGAGACUGGAAACUAUGAGUCACCCUAGCCCUUCAAUGAGUCAUUUGCCAAGUAACUAUAUAAUUCUUCCAGAAGGACAAGAAUCUGCAGUGCCUCAUGCUUCAAGAGGAGACACACAGAUAAACAAUUUGCAUGUCACAAAAAGACAUGCAGAUAGUCGAUAUGAAUACGCUCCCAUGCUGCAACAUGGCCAGGCUGAAGGAGAAGGCAAACAUGCCGUGCGAGCAAAGACUGAUGGUGAAAACCAUGAGAAGACUAAAGAAAGUGUUUAUCAGGGUGCCUAUCAAUCAGCACUAAAAGCUCUGUCCCCUGCUAAUGAAGGAAGGGGAUCCAAGAGGGAAUAUUGUCAUAAUAUUCAGCAGACACAUCUUUGUUCCAAUAAUCUGUCUAGUUCACUGUUGUGCCAGGAGACAUUUGAAUUGGAUGGCCAUCAGGAAAGUAGCUGCACUAUCAGCAAAGCAAGCCAUAAAAAGCAGAAAGUUGACAAUAGAUACUUGUCCAUCCACGACAUGCCGUUUAAAGUUACAGCAGUUGAGGAGGGUCUUGGAAGAGUUGAAAGAAAAAGGGCAAAUGAUGCCAACUCCAAUGGAUUUGCAGCAGCACUAAACCAUACAAUAUUGAAUUCUUACAUUGGAAGUAACAGAAUGAAAGAGAGAGAAAACAAUGGGGUCAACAAGUGUACCAGUGACAGGUUCAUUGAUUCUAUAGCUUCUGAGCAUGAUUCGCCAAAGCAGCAGAUGCCAUUCAAAUCGAAUUCUUGCAAAGAAAUCACUCAAGUUCUUAGCUUCUCUACCAAUUCCACAAUGGAAACAUGUAAGCAGCUUGUCUCGUCAACUCCCAGAAAAUCCUCUCGACGAGGUAAGAGGCAGGAAUUGCAAACUCAGGAACCUAAGUCAGCAACGAAGCAGGCUGUGGUAUCCACUGUAUUGGAAUCUGCUUUAUCAAGUACAGAUAAAAUGCAGCCAGAACAGGAUUUCUUGUAUGAUCAUCAACAGUCUUCUGCAAAAACAUUAGGGCUUCCGCUAAGAACAAUAUAUCCUUCAAUUAUGGAUGACAUCAUACAUCGAUUUAGUGUUCUGAGCAUCAAUGGGAGCUGCAAUGAAUUUCAGGAGCAAGAGCAAAAUGCACUUGUUCCAUACAAAGGAGAUGGUGCAGUUGUUCCCUAUGAAGGGUCUGAAUAUAUUAAGAAACGUAAGCCACGGCCUAAAGUGGAGCUUGACUCAGAAACAAAUAGGAUUUGGAACCUUCUGAUGGGGAAGGAAGGAAGUGAAGGCACUGAAGGACCUGACAAGCAAAAGGAGAAGUAUUGGGAAGAGGAAAGAAAGGUUUUCCAAGGUCGAGUCGACUCAUUCAUUGCACGCAUGCACCUUGUUCAAGGGGACAGACGUUUUUCACGGUGGAAAGGAUCAGUUGUUGACUCAGUGAUUGGAGUUUUCCUUACUCAAAAUGUUUCAGACCAUCUAUCAAGCUCUGCCUUCAUGUCUUUGGCAGCAAGAUUUCCGCCAAAGUUAAUGAGCAAUCACCAAACACAAGACAAGGUUGGGACAGACAUACUGGUUAAAGAACCAGAAGUAUGCAUUCCAAUCCCAGAUGAUGCUACCAAAUGGCCUGAAGAAAGAACAAGUCAACCAAUCUAUGACCCAAUCUCUAUGGCACCCUAUGAAUCUCCAGAACAUCAGAGAGACAGUGAGACUUCCAGGACAGGAAAGAACUUAAUGGAGGCACAUAGUCAAUGUUUGGAGGAAGAAUUUGUAUCAUCUCAAGAUUCUUUUGGCUCCUCGGUCACUCAAGGAACUGCAGGAAUUAGAUCAUACUUGGUCUCCAAUUCAGAAGCAGAAGAUCCUACCGCUUGGCGCCAACCCAACAAGGUUAGCUCUAAUUCAGCUUACCCACCGAUGGAGAAAGAUAUCGUAUUUCAAGACUUUUACCAUGAAGUACAAGGAAGUCCACUAUUAGAUGAUGGAUCCAGGCAGAGGCUUAAACAAUGGGAGGAGCUAAAGACAAGAUCAGACAGAAUAGAUGAUUUCAGUGGCACUUGUUCAGUCACAAAUCCAAUCAAUCUUGACAAUCGAAAAAUGCGACCAUCAAUUGCUCCUUCCAGCAGCAAUCAUUUACAGAUGUACCUAAGUUCUGGAGAACCAGAGCCAUUUGGAUUGGAAAGUUUCAGUGAAGAAAGCAUAUCUUCUUGUUGGCCUUCAACUGCUUCCAAGGUCAAUGUGCAAAAAGAUGACUAUUUCAAGAGCUUCAGAAAUAAGGAAUUGUCAGGAACUGUUGUUAGUUCAUCUGUCGAACAAAAUACUUUGUGGAGCUCUCAAGAACCUGCCACAAAGGAUCCAUAUGGUGCUCUCAGACAGCACUCAAGUGACCAGCAAAAUUAUUGUCAGCCAAGACCCAGCAAUGGAUAUUAUCAACCUUCCUGCGAAAGUCAUCAACAUGAGGGGAACCAAACCUUCCAAUUAGAGAAAAAUUCAUUCAUAGAGCCUGUAAAACAUAGUGAACAACUUCCAGGAAAGAAGAAUGAUGGCAUGCAGCAAGUCCCAAAUGUCAAUCAGCUGAAUAAGAAAUCUUCAAAUGCCGGAGAUAGUAUCUCUACAGUGAACAAUGGAUCGGUUAAUUCAAAUACAAAGGAGCAAUCUUCCCAUGAACGGUCACAGAAUGAGAUUGUUACUAAUAUUUCAAAAGGAAGGAAGAAAAAGUCAGAAAGUGACAAAAAGAACGCAGUUGACUGGGAUAAUUUAAGAACGCAGGUGCUGGCCGAUGGUAGGAAAAAGGAAAGAAACAAAGAUGCAAUGGACUCGCUUGACUAUGAAGCACUUAUAAAUGCUAAUGUUAAAGAGAUUUCUAAUGCAAUCAGGGAGCGAGGGAUGAACAACAUGCUAGCUGAGCGAAUUCAGGACUUCCUAAAUCGAGUGGUUAAAGACCAUGGAAGCAUCGAUUUGGAAUGGUUGAGAGAUGUGCCCCCUGAUAAAUCAAAGGAUUAUCUAUUAAGUAUUCGAGGUUUGGGCUUGAAAAGUGUGGAAUGUGUUCGUCUUUUGACACUUCACCAUCUUGCUUUCCCGGUUGAUACAAAUGUUGGAAGAAUAGCAGUACGACUUGGAUGGGUCCCCCUCCAACCAUUACCUGAAUCACUCCAGCUCCAUCUCCUAGAACUGUACCCGAUGCUGGAGUCAAUUCAAAAGUAUCUCUGGCCAAGAUUAUGCAAACUUGAUCAAUUAACCCUGUAUGAGUUACACUACCAGAUGAUUACAUUUGGAAAGGUUUUCUGCACAAAAAGUAAACCAAAUUGCAACGCAUGUCCAAUGAGAGGCGAGUGCAGACACUUCGCAAGUGCUUUUGCAAGUGCUCGACUUGCCCUGCCGGGGCCAGAGGAGAAGAGUAUUGUAAGUUCAAAUACUGCAGCUGUAGCUGAGAAGAAUCCUGCUGGAGCUGGCAAUAUAAUGUCACUACCUCCACCUGAAAACUACUCGCUUCAGAAAGUAGGUUCUUAUAGAAGUGAACCAAUCAUAGAAGAACCAGCGACACCAGAGCAAGAAUUCACUAAUCUAUCACAAAGUGACAUUGAAGACUUGUUCAAUGAGGAAUAUGAGGAGGAUCCUGAUGAGAUUCCUACCAUCAAUGUCAGCAUGGAACAGUUCACAGACACAUUACAAAACUAUAUGCAAAAAAACAUGGAUCUCCAAGAAGGUGACAUGUCCAAGGCUUUAGUUGCCUUGAAUCCAGAAGCUGCUUCUCUGCCUAUUCCCAAGCUCAAGAAUGUCAGUCGACUACGAACAGAGCACCAAGUGUAUGAACUACCAGAUUCACAUCCACUUUUGGAAGGGAUGGACAGACGGGAACCAGAUGAUCCAAGCCCAUACCUUCUUGCAAUAUGGACGCCAGGUGAAACUGCAAAUUCAUUUCAACCACCAGAAAGCAGGUGUGGCUCCCAAGAUGGAACCAGUUUGUGCAAUGAGAAGACAUGCUUUUCAUGCAACAGUAUAAGAGAAGAAAAGUCGCAGAUAGUCAGAGGGACAAUUUUGAUUCCUUGUAGAACAGCAAUGAGAGGGAGCUUUCCACUCAAUGGCACAUACUUUCAGGUUAAUGAGAUGUUUGCAGAUCAUGCUUCUAGUGUCAACCCAAUUGAUGUUCCAAGGGGAUGGAUAUGGGAUUUACCAAGACGACCUGUGUACUUUGGAACUUCUGUAACAUCAAUAUUCAGAGGUCUAUCAACAGAGGGGAUCCAGUACUGCUUUUGGAGAGGAUAUGUUUGUGUAAGGGGCUUUGACAGAAGUACAAGAGCGCCAAAACCCUUAAUCACAAGAUUGCACUUUCCUCAAAGCAAGAUGACGAAGGCCAAAAAUGAAGAGUGAGGACCAUGGUGCAGAGAAGAUUUUCUUCAGGAUAUCAGAUCACUGACUUUAUGAAAAGAAGAACAAUGACUAACAAAUUCUAGCAUAUUCAAUUAUUCUUCCUCUAGCAUGAGAGGCAUUCAUUAUACCGUAGGAAGGUAGCAGAAAGCAAAUUCAGAUAUAAAAGUUGAGAUCUCAUGAAAAAUUGUUGUAAAGAAAUAAUCCCCAUUAUUAUUGUUUCAAUAAAUGCUCAAAAGAGAGCAAUUCUUCGAUUAUCAA